AUGUUGGUGCUUCGGUGCAGGCAUGGAACCUCUUUUCCUAAACUAGACAACUUGGUACCAAAAGGAAAAAUGAAGAUUCUCCUGGUCUUUCUAGGGCUUCUUGGUAAUUCUGUUGCUAUGCCAAUGCACAUGCCCCGAAUGCCUGGAUUUAGCAGUAAAAGUGAGGAGAUGAUGCGGUAUAAUCAAUUCAACUUUAUGACCCUCCCACAUUUGGCACACCUGGGGCCCUUCUUUGGAACCGGUCUCCCUCAGCAAUUUCCACAGUACCAGAUGCCCAUGUGGCCUCAGCCACCACCAUGGCACCCACAGAAACCCUCAGGACAAAAACGUCAUAACAAGACUGAUCAGACCCAAGAAACCCAGAAACCAAACCAGACUCAGUCAAAAAAGCCACCACAAAAGCGGCCUUUGAAGCAGCCAUUGCAUACUCCAGCCCAGCCCGAAGAGGAAGCUCAGCCACCUCAGUGGUUUUCUCCUGUGUUCACUGUGUUUUUCACUUCUCAGAGGUUACCGCCACCAGGUUAUGGACGCCCACCAGCCAGCAAUGAAGAAGGCGGGAAUCCUUACUUUGGAUAUUUUGGAUAUCAUGGCUUUGGGGGUCGCCCUCCUUAUUAUUCAGAAGAAAUGUUUGAACAAGAUUUUGAAAAACCCAAAGAAGAAGAUCCUCCUAAAGCAGAAAGUCCAGGCACAGAACCCACAGCUAAUUCAACAGUUACUGAGACGAAUUCUACCCAAUCAAAUCCUAAAGGGAGUCAGGGCGGAAAUGACACCAGCCCCACAGGAAACAGUAUCCCAGGACCGAACACUGGGAACAACCCUCCAGCUCAAAAUGGGAUUGUCCCACUCCCUGCAGUCAACACUUCAGGCCAGGGAGGGCCAGGAAGUCAAAUCCCAUGGAGACCAAGUCAGCCAAAUAUUCGUGAAAAUCAUCCAAAUCCUAAUAUAAGAAAUUUUCCUUCGGGAAGACGGUGGUAUCCCACUGGUACUGCCAUGGGGCACAGACAGAAUGGGCCUUUUUACAGAAAUCGACAAGUUCAAAGGGGUCCUCAGUGGAACUCCUUCGCUUGGGAAGGUAAACAAGUAGUUCGUCCAGGAAAUCCAGUUUAUCACAAAGUUUACCUUUCUACUUCAAGAGGCAAUUAUCCCAAUUAUGCAGGAAAUCCAGCAAAUCUCAGAAGAAAGCCUCAGGGGCCAAAUAAACACCCUAUGGGAACUAAUGUUGCCCCAGUUGGUCCCAAACAUGGCCCUGUUGUUCACAAUGAAAAAAUCCAAAAUCCAAGGGAGAAGCACCUGGGUCCAAAAGAACAAAUAAUAGUUCCUACAAAGAAUCCAACCAGCCCCGGGAGAAACUCUCAACAGUAUGAAGUUAAUAAAUCAAAUUAUAAACUGCCUCACUCUGAGGGUUAUACACCAGUCCCAAAUUUUAAUUCUGUUGAUCAACAUGAAAACUCCUAUUACCCAAGAGAAGAUUCCAGAAAAGUACCAAAUUCUGAUGGACAAACCCAAAGCCAGAUUUUGCCCAAAGGGAUGGUUUUAGAGCCAAGAAGGAUCCCAUAUGAAUCAGAAACUAAUCAGCCAGAAUUAAAGCACAGCGCAUAUCAGCCUGCUGUACACCCUGAGGAAAUCCCUUCUGCAAAAGAACAUUUUCCUGCUGGAAGAAAUACUUGGGACCACCAAGAAAUCUCUCCACCUUUUAAGGAACAUCCUGGGAGGCAAGAAGAACAUUUACCCCAUCCUUCCCAUGGUUCUAGAGGAAGGGUUUUCUACCCUGAAUAUAACCCCUAUGAUCCCAGGGAAAACUCACCAUACCGUAGAAGCAAUAUAUGGGAUGAGAGAGAUGAUUCUCCCAAUACUAUGGGGCAAAAAGAAAGUUCACUCUACCCCAUAAAUACCCCAGACCACAAGGAGACAGUCCCUUAUAAUGAAGAAGACCCAAUUGAUCCAACUGGAGAUGAAGUCUUUCCUGGACAAAAUAGAUGGGGUGAAGAGUUGAGCUUCAAAGGGGUCCCAACAGUUAGGCACUAUGAAGGUGAACAAUAUACCUCAAAUCAGCCAAAGGAAUAUCCUCCCUAUUCUUUAGACAAUCCAUCAAAACCAAGGGAGGAUUUUUAUUAUAGUGAAUUCUACCCAUGGAACCCGGAUGAGAAUUUUCCAUCAUAUAAUACAGCUCCUACUAUGUCACCACCUACAGAGAGCAGGGGUUACUAUGUUAAUAAUGCCGUUAGACCAGAAGAAAGCAAUCUAUUUCCUUCAUGGAAUUCCUGGGACCACAGGAUACAAGCCCAAGGUCAGAAAGAAAGAAGGCCAUAUUUUAACAGAAAUAUCUGGGAUCAGGCAACACAUUUACAAAAAGCCCCAGCUAGGCCACCAGACCAGAAAGGUAACCAGCCCUAUUCCAGUAACACCCCAGUUGGGCUUCAGAAAAAUCCAAUGUGGCAUGAAGGUGAGGAUUUGAACUAUGGCAUGCAAAUGACUAGGAUGAAUUCUCCAGAGAGAGAACAUUCAUCUUUCCCUGACUUCAUCCCACAAAGUUAUCCAUCAGGUCAAAAAGAGGCACAUUUAUUUCACCUAAGCCAGAGAGGCUCUUGCUGUACUGGUAGCUCCACAGGGCCCAAGGACAAUCCACUAGCUCUACAAGACUACACUCCAUCCUAUGGUCUUGCACCUGGGGAGAACCAAGACACCAGUCCUCUGUAUACAGAAGGUAGUCAUAGCAAGCACACAAGACAUAUCAUCUCCCCAACAAGCACCCUACCAGGCCAAAGAAACAGCUCAGAGAAGAUGGAAAAUGAAAACCCUUUUAGAGAUGAUGUGUCCACUCUGAGGAGGAACACACCAUGUUCUAUAAAUAAUCAACUGGGCCAAAAGGGAAUUAUGCCAUUUCCUGAAGUCGAUUCCCUUCAAGCAAAGAAUACACCUUGUCUCAAAAAUGAUCUUGGAGGAGAUGGGAACAACAUUCUGGAACAAAUUUUUGAAGACAACCAGCUCAAUGAAAGAACUGUUGACCUUACUCCUGAGCAGCUUGUUAUUGGUACACCUGAUGAAGGCUCCAAUCCAGAAGGCAUCCAAAGUCAAGUCCAAGAAAAUGAGAGUGAGAGACAGCAACAAAGACCAUCUAACAUCCUGCAUUUGCCAUGCUUUGGCUCCAAAUUAGCAAAGCAUCACUCUUCCAGCACUGGAACUCCAUCUAGCAAUGGAAGGCAAAGCCCAUUUGAUGGGGAUUCAAUUAUGCCUACUGAAAAUCCUAACACAUUGGUUGAGUUAGCUACUGGGGAACAAUUUAAGAGUACAAAUGCAGACCCACUUGAUGCAGGCGAACACAGUCCAUUUGAAUUCCUUCAAAGAGGGACCAAUGCAGAGGACCAGGUACAAGACUGCUUACUACUUCAGGCCUAA